CCUUUUCCCAUUUCUCCGCCCGUGUCUUCCAUACUACGCCGUACUUAACUUCUAGUAACUGAUAACUUAUUAUUGACUUAUUUUACCUCCUCCUCUCUCUCUCUCUCUCUCCGUCUCUGCCCUGUUGAUCACUCCCCUGCCAGAGUUGUUUCAUUUCUUCCCUUUACCCCAUCCCUUGAUAGGAUGCGAUAUUCGCUUCCCAACGUACUAACAUCAUGACUUCUCCCUCCAAUGGCGCUUCUUUCAACCAUGCGGAUCAGCCGGAUUCUCAACGAUUGCUGCAGCACGAUUCAACCCUGACGGUAGCACAAUCGGUUUCUCUUACUAUCGGGGGUGACUCCCUUCUUGUUGUCGACGAGCGCCAAAAGUCAAAAGAUCAGCGCGCAUGCUGUGGCUUGGUGGCCAAGUCAUCCAAAACUACCCAUUCCAUCGGGCUAUAUAAUAUUUUGGAUGCCGAUAUUUCCCCUGCGGGCCUAACCAUCACCUAUGCCCAAGCCGCUACCAAAGACAGCAUCUCCGUGGCUGCCCUUGAGUACCCGAUCACCGAGAAAGAAAAGACAAAUGCGCAGACGUGGGUUUCGCAAUUGUUAGACCUUGCAUAUGGCGAAGCACAACGAUAUAAAAGACUUAAAGUUCUGGUCAACCCAUUUGGCGGUAAAGGUGCAGCCUCUAAGAGCUAUCACAAACAUGCAGCGCCGGUCUUCGCAGCUGCGCGCUGUGUUGUGGAUGUCCAGGAAACAACACAUCGGGGCCACGCCACCGAGAUUGUGGAGCAAAUCGAUAUUGACGCCUAUGAUGCUAUUGUUUGCUGUUCCGGUGAUGGUUUGCCGUACGAGGUCUUCAAUGGUCUAGGAAAGAAACCGAAUGCUGGAGAAGCACUAGCAAAAGUAGCCGUCGCCAUGAUCCCCUGCGGCUCUGGCAAUGCCAUGGCAUGGAACCUUUGUGGGACGGGCAAUGUUUCAGUGGCAGCGCUUGCGAUUGUCAAAGGCCUGAGAACGCCUAUGGAUCUGGUCUCGCUUACGCAAGGGAACACUCGGACUCUGUCGUUCUUGUCUCAAUCCUUCGGUGUCAUUGCGGAAUCAGACCUGGGAACCGAUAACAUCCGAUGGAUGGGGGCUCACCGUUUCACGUACGGUUUCCUUGUACGUAUUAUGCAACGGACGGUGUACCCAUGCGAUCUCGCCAUCAAGGUGGAGAUUGAUGAUAAAAGAGCGAUCAAAGACCAUUACAAUACAUACGCAAAUAACCCAGCCCCGCGCCGUUCCCCAGAAGAGACUGCAGGACAGUCCAAGGGUCUUCCCGAGCUUAGAUACGGCACGGUCCAAGAUGAUCUUCCCAAAGAUUGGGAAGUUAUUCCAGGAGAAGAAAUGGGCAACUUUUACGCGGGCAAAAUGGCUAUUGUGUCCAAGGACACAAAUUUCUUUCCAGCCUCCGUGCCCAACGAUGGGCUAAUGGACAUUGUCACCAUUAACGGAACAAUUUCCCGUACUACGACCCUCAAGAUGAUGACCGCCAUCCCCGAGAAUGAGUUCUUUGAUAUGCCCGAUGUCAAGAUCCGCAAAGCUGCUGCCUACCGCCUGGUCCCUCGUCAGAAGGAAGGUUAUAUCAGCGUUGACGGUGAAAGCAUCCCGUUCGAAGCUCUCCAGGCUGAAGUCCAUAAAGGUCUUGGCACAGUGCUUUCUAAAUCGGGACAUCUCUACGAGGCAGAGGGCCCGAGGCCCUAAUGUCAUUGACACAAAGCCCUGCUUCAAGUAAAGACGAAACAUGAUGGAGAAGCAAGUCGUUAGUGAUGUCUUUUGGUUGUAUCCAUAUAUUUACUAUUACUGGUCUUCGCAUUUUAUGAUACCCGCGCGCAAGACUUUCGAGGAAGCACAGGCAUGCUUUUAAUGCAAUUGGGUUUAAGGCUCUGCUAGCUUGAUACCGUGAGCCAGAGCUGGCUAACAGCUAUAGCUCGUGAUGUAGACAACUAUACUAUAGAGUUCAUGGAAGGACAAUUGUUGUUAUAUAUGUAUUUCCGAACCAGCAA